GAGCGCGUGUGUUUUGAUUUGUUUAUGUAUCCUCAGUGUUUUUCUCUCUAGAGUGUUUUAUUGAGUGUAAACCGAGUCUUGUCUCUGUGUAUUUUAGUGUUGGUGAUGAGAUGGAUGUGAUGUGCUGUAAAUCAGUAGGAACUGAUCUGUCCAUGCUGGAUAUUGAUGAUUUUAUCACAGAAAUAUCUCAGCUGAAGAAAGAGGUGGCGUUACUGGAGAUAAAGCUGAGGUUAAGAGGAGAUGAAGGACUGAAUAGAGAGGAUGGGGUUUGUUGUGAAUCUUCAGAGUAUGUGACUGUUUGGAGCUCCAGUGAAUGUCUGGAUUCAGUGUGGAUGAGCAGAGAUCAGAGCCGCACACCACAGUCACUGCUGGAUAAACUCUCUGAAGAGACAUCCAGACACACACAGGACUCAGUUCUCAGUCUGUCUUUACUCUCUUAUACUGAGUCAAAGCCCACAGACACUCAGGACACUACAGUGUGUGACAGUAAACAGAGCUUACAGGAGGAUCAAACCUCCACAGAGUCUCUGGAUUCUGUCUGUAACGCUGGAGAACAGCAGCAGAUCCUGCAGACCAAACUCAAGAUGUCUUCAGUUAAACCGAUGGACAGUGGGAACCUGAUGAGAAGAGAAACUACAGCAGAGGAAGAUCACACUGAGGAAGAUGAUGACAAUCAUGAUGAUUUUAUUCCUUCAGAUAAGAUCAGUGAUUCGUGUUUGGAUGGAGAAAUAACGUCUUUAUCAUCAAAUAAGGGACAGACGGCACAAACCUGCAUCACCGAUGGAGAGACAUUGAGCUCACAGAGACAUUUAGAUAGAAAUCCAGAACAAAAACUCUUGACCUCCACCAGAUCUGAGAUCAGCUUCACUACCUUACAAAAAUAUAAACGUCAUCAUUCAAAAGUGCACAGAGAGAAGAAGAAGAAGCACUUUCACUGUCAGCAGUGUGGAAAGGAUUUUGGCUUCUUAUCUCAGCUAAAAGUUCACGCGAGGACACACAGUGCUGAAAAGUCUUUCUACUGCACUGAAUGUGGCAAAUAUUUCAGCACCAAACAAAGUCUUCAUUUUCAUCAGAGAAUUCACACUGGAGAGAAACCAUACGAGUGUCCUCACUGUGAGAAGAGAUUCAGCCGAAACCAUCAUCUGAAGAGACAUCUGCGUAUACACACCAAUGAGAGACCGUAUCAGUGCAGUGAAUGUGGAAAAACCUUUAGGGUUUUAAGUUCAUUAAAAUCACACCAGAAUAUUCACUCUGAGGAGAAACGCUAUCCGUGUUCACACUGUGAUAAAGGUUUCGGUCAGAAAUCGAAUCUGAUUAUCCAUGAGAGAAUUCACACUGGAGAAAAACCUUACGUCUGCUCUCAAUGUGGAAAGAGCUUCACUCAACCAGGUACUUUUAAAGUUCAUCAGAGAGUUCAUACAGGAGAGAAACCUCAUCACUGUACUGUUUGUGGGAAGAGUUUCAGCAAAAAAUGUAAUCUAAAGAAACAUGUGCGUAUACACACUAAUGAGAAACCAUAUCAGGUUUUAGUGAAACACCAUAGAACUCAUACAGGUGAAAAACCGUUACAAAUGUUCUCAGUGUGAGAAGACGUUUACUAAGCCAGAUUCCUUAAAAGCCCAUUUGAGAGUUCAUACGUGAGAGAAACCUUACGGGCCCUAUCAUACAUCCAGUGCAAUGUGCGACACAAGUGUCUUUCGCUAGUUUCAACCUGGCGAAAUUAUCAUUUUCACGUUUAGCUAGCACCAAGUUGUUUAAAUAGCAAAUGCAUCUGCGCCCAAUUUUGCACCCAUGGGCGUUCUGGUCUGAAAACGAGGUGUUUUCAGGUGCAUUCUUGGUGCGGUGCUAUUGUGAGGCAACUAAAAUAGACUACACCAUUAACCAACUAAAACCUGCUCUAAAGUCAAUGACGGAAUAUUGUUUUUGUUAUUUAAUGAGCGCGUUAGUAAUACAGGACGACAGUGCGCGUUUGCUUAUCACACACAUGGAUGCACAGCAGAACACAACCCUUUUAUAAUAUGAAAAAUUAAAGGAUUAAAAUGUAAAAGAUUAUUAUUGAGUCUCUUGGACUUAAAUGAGGACCGAUUAUGAGACGUUAGAAGAUGUAAAGAGCUGCUUGACCUGUAGCUUGGUAAGAAAUUGUUUUGCUUUAAACAAAUGCUUCUGUUUUUAAAUGCUACCUUAUGAAUUAAUUGUAUAUGAUGACUUUGUACCUGUGGAUAUGGUGAGAUGAGAAACAUUUUUAGGUAAUGCUUUAAAAAAAAAAACAUGGCGCUGUCCGAGUGCUGAAACUGUUCUCUGCACAUUUGUAAAUUCUUUAACCUCUGUUUGUUACAAAUAAAGUAUUUUUAGAGCACAAACCUUUUCUUGCAUAUUUGCAGAUUAUUACACUGAUUUUGUAGAAUAUCCAUACAUUUACAGCAAAUAAAAGCUUGCUAUUUCACUUCCGUGACUGAAAGAAAAAGGCUUUUAAAGGUUUAAAUCUAAAAAAAAAACCAAUUUCAAUACAAAUAAAAUCAAUCUUAAACUGGUGGCCUUCUUCUUCUUUUGUUUUUCGGUUUACAAAUUCCACUUUCUAAAUCGAGAUAAGGCAUGAUGCCUACACAACUUGCUUUUAAAGGGGAUGAGAGCUGAGACCCUCAUUGGUUAAUUGCACGUUAUGCCCAAAAUACACGCAUUACGAGAAUAGGAACGACCCUUUUAGACCGUGCGCUUGGCGCAUAAACUAUUUUCCUGUCGUUAAAUUGACAAAAGUGGAAUCGGACACGCCCAUUUAGACCUGCAUGCGUGCGCUUUAGACAGUGCGUUUAGAUUGUUAAAAUAGGGCCAUACGUCUGCUCGAUCUGUGGAGAGAGAUUCACUAAUGUAAGACCUCAUCAGAAGAAACAUACUGAAGAACAAACUGAUCUGUGAAAAAGACUUUGGGUUGAAAAUAACACAGCAUUUUUAAAGUGUAAAACUAAUAAAUAAAACAAAUGACUCUGCUGUACUUACAUUUACAAAUGUUAUGUUAUCAAGAGCCAUUGUUUGUGUUAUGUAUUUAUUAAAUGAUGUA